GGCACCGGCCGCGCAGCUGGAGGCGGUGGAGCGGAAGCCUGGACUCCAUCUCUAGCCCCAAGCUGGCUGGCACUCUCCCUCCCUGUCUGUGUAGGCCUGGGGACCUCAGUAGCCUGAGAAGAAAGAGAAGCUGUGAAGUUUAAACCAUGGCUGCAAUACGGAAGAAGCUGGUGAUUGUGGGCGACGGGGCCUGUGGGAAGACCUGCCUUCUCAUUGUCUUCAGCAAGGAUCAGUUCCCCGAGGUCUACGUCCCUACUGUCUUCGAGAACUACAUCGCAGACAUUGAAGUGGAUGGCAAGCAGGUGGAGCUGGCUCUGUGGGACACAGCAGGGCAAGAAGACUACGAUCGCCUCCGGCCUCUGUCCUACCCGGACACUGACGUCAUCCUCAUGUGUUUCUCCAUUGACAGUCCUGACAGCCUGGAAAACAUUCCCGAGAAGUGGACCCCGGAGGUGAAGCACUUUUGCCCCAAUGUGCCCAUCAUCCUAGUGGGGAAUAAGAAGGAUCUGAGGCAAGAUGAGCACACCAGAAGGGAGCUGGCCAAGAUGAAACAGGAGCCUGUUCGAUCUGAGGAAGGCCGGGACAUGGCGAACAGGAUCAGUGCCUUUGGCUACCUUGAGUGCUCAGCCAAGACUAAGGAAGGGGUGCGGGAGGUAUUUGAGAUGGCCACUCGGGCUGGCCUACAGGUCCGCAAGAAUAAGCGCCGGAGGGGCUGUCCCAUUCUCUGAGUUUCCCAAGAUCUCUUCAGUUUUCCCUCCCUCCCCCUCACAGGGGUUCAAAAUACCCCUAUCCCAUUCCACCCUUGUAGGGCUCCAUGAUGCCAGUUUCUGUUUUGGUUCUUUCCUGCCCAGGACUGCAUGAGUUUUCCCAGCCCCACCUGGGGGCUGGUAGGCCCUUUCCUCCCUGCCUCUGGGAACCAGGCUAGUGUCCUGCCCUUCCUGAGCAGGGCCCCUCCUCCUGCCGCAUUGGUCCACGGUUAGGGCUCAUAGUCCCUUCGGCCUUCCCUCUAUCACACACCAGCACUUUAUAUUUCUGGCUCACAGGAGGAGUCUGGGGUGGCGUUUCUGCUUUGGGUAGUAGCCUCACCUCUGACUUGACUCAGUGGGAGGGCAGGACAUGAAUAAAGGUCAAAGGUUGCACCAUG